UCCGUGGGGCGGCGCCGCCGGCAGCCGUGGGCCAUGCUGCGGGGCCGGUGGCUGUUGCCCAGCGUCUCGCUGGCUCUGGGCGCAGGGCUGGGCGCGACCUUCGCCGCUCGCCGCCGGGCCGAGGGCGAGGCCGAGGGGCUGCUGAGCCGCCUGCCCGUGGUGCCCGCCGUGGCGGCGGCCGGUCCGCCGGCGCUGCCGGGGUCGGGGCGGCCCGAGCUGACCAAAUACGGGCUGCCCGGGCUGGCGCAGCUGCGGAGCCGCGAGUCCUACGUGCUGUGCUACGACCCGCGGAACCGCAGCGCGCUCUGGGUCAUCGAGCAGCUCAACCGCGGCAGCCUCAGCGGCGCCUCCGACCGCGCCGCCUGCGACUUUCGGGAGGACGACUCCGUGCACGAGUACCACCGGGCCACCAACGCCGACUACCGUGGCAGCGGCUUCGACCGCGGGCACCUGGCCGCCGCCGGCAACCACAGGUGGAGCCAGCAGGCCAUGAGGGACACCUUCUACCUCAGCAACAUCGCCCCGCAGAAUCCUCAUUUAAACCAGAACGCCUGGAACAACCUUGAGAAGUACAGCAGAAGCCUGACAAAGCACAACAAGAAUGUCUACGUCUGCACAGGACCCCUCUACCUGCCCAGGAUGGAGGCCGAUGGGAAGAUGUACGUCAAGUACCAGGUAAUUGGGAAGAACAAUGUGGCCGUGCCCACCCAUUUCUUCAAGGUGCUCAUCCUGGAGAAGGAGAGUGGGGACAUCGAGCUGCGCUCCUACGUGAUGCCCAAUUGCCCCGUGGAUGAGAAAAUCCCUCUGGAGCACUUCCUGGUUCCCAUUGAGAGCAUCGAGAGAGCCUCAGGGCUGCUCUUUGUGCCAAACAUCCUGAAGAGAACCAGCAACUUGAAAGCCAUCACAGCUGGAACCACCCACAGCUGAACACGUCCAGGUACCCCUGGGAAAGGGCUUAGCAGCCCUCUGCAGUGCCAGCUCCUGCAGCAUGAGUUGACAGGAGUCAGACACUGCUCCUCCUGACCCUCCCCUUGUCUCAUCUGACAUUGAAACACACAGCAGCUCCUGCAGAAGACUCCUGGGUGCUUGACAGCAUCGUGGCCCUGCAGCCACAGCAGCUGGGGAGUGCUGGGCUGAUGGCUGGACUUGAUCUUGAAGGUCUUUUGCAACCCUUAUGGUUCUGAUUCUACAGGGCUAGGAUUUGGCUCUGCUCUGCAGUGUGGAGCUGCUCCCUUGGGCUGUGUAUGGGAAGUUCCUGUUUCUGCUGCUCAGCAGAGCAGGGGAGCAGCUGCGAUGAGGCUCCUGCCUUUGUGUGGCUCUUUUGUCUCAGAUGGGCUCAUCAGUAAAGCUUUGCACACCCACA